AGCCAUCUCCCCAUCGUCAACGACGUCCACCACAGUCUCUCGCUCACCCAGCCACUUUCUGAGGCCACUUUCCCACACGACGUUGCUGCCGACGCCGACGUUGAUUAGCAUACAUCCACCGUGCCGUGAGCGUGACCACACCAGAGGCCUCCGUCAAGCGUCGCCAUUGCUGUUCCUCUCCAUCGUCUCCUGAACACGGACCAUCAUCACGAAGUCCAAUAGCCGUGUUCUGCCCUAACAUCCACGCCGUGCCGUUGUGACGAUAGCCGAUCGCCGCUUGAUUCACUGUACAUAAUCAACAACGAUGGCCUUUCACCAGGUAACAGCGACAUCGCUCACUCCAUCCCGACCCGCCCCCCAGGCGCCCCAGCGCCGCGACACAGAUCAGCAGUCGUACGCCAGCACGAGUACGCUCGUGUCAGUUGGCUACAAGACGUCCUUCCAAUUCAACCAGCCCUCGGGCUCAGGCUCGUCCUACGCCACGUCCUACUCUGGUAUCGGGGCAUCUCCUAUUCGCCAAAGCGGCCCGCCAAUGAAUAGCGAGAUCGUCCGCACGGGCUGGGCAAGCGUCAAGGAGGAUGCUUUUGCGAGUCUAUUCUGGGUGCGCAAGUAUCUCAUCCUGAAGGAACAUGCUCUUUCAUUCCACAAGAACGAGUCUGCGCAACAGCAAAGCGUGAUCAAACUUGGGGAUGUCACGAAUGUCGAGCGUGUUGAUCUCAAGCCAUACUGCCUUGUUAUCGAGACGCCGGAAAAGCGCGUAUACUUAUCACUCAAAAACGACGAGGAGGUCUAUACAUGGCAGGACGAUAUUUACUCGCGUAGUCCGCUUCAAAGCGUCGGCCAACCGACGAAUUUUGUACACAAAGUGCAUGUUGGCUUUGACCCGGUCUCAGGAGGCUUCACCGGACUGCCCGAACAAUGGAGCAAGCUCUUAACGCGAUCGGCUAUCACACGCGAAGAUUAUGCAAAGGACCCUCAAGCCGUAUUGGAAGUUCUCGAAUUCUACACAGAUCGUCAGAAGCAUGAGAUGGAUGAGAUGGCGGGUCUUGCACCGGGGAUGUCGCGCAACGCCUCUGCUCCUACUUCUGGGUCCACAUUACAUCCGUACUCUGAAACACCAUCAGCUCCGCGGUUCAACGCGGGCACUGGGCUUGCAGGGUCAAACAAGCCCGGUCCGGUUCAGGGAUUCUCUUCCGAUCGGCCAGGGAUAUCGCGUCAGGACUCGGCUCCGUCAGGACUUAACGGAAAGUCGUCUACGGCUAUAGCUGCAGCUCGUGCAGCAGAAAUUGUCAAUGGAGCCCAUGCUCAACAUGCGAAUACUAUUGGUACUGGGACUCAGCCACGCUCUCCGCUACCGCUUGCGCCGGGUGCGCUUCAAGCAUCGCGGCCAGCGCCCCCUGCUCCUCAGAGACCUUUGCUCACAGCUCAACGCCCUGCGCCUCAGGCUCCGAAGCCGGACCAAACACCCAGUAAUCAGGACCUGCGUCAGCGUACGAAAGCACAAGGACCCCCGCAAGAUCGUACCGAAAUACGACCUCCUGGGCUUGACCAUGAGCUACCGCAACGUAAAGAUUCUAUGCCACGCGAACAAGAUCGCGAUGACAGGCGUCCUCAGCUGCCGCCGUCCAAAUCUUCACCUGCAACUUCCUCGCCCAUGUCACAACCUGUACCAGGAGCAGCUGGUGCGACCGCAGGUCCUCCGCCUGUGAAGCCAUUACAAACAACUAAGAAGCUCCCGAAGGAGCAACCUGCUGCUGUUACUAUCACAGCACCUCCAGAUGAACCCGCAAACGGGAGCAUCGCGGCUGCCGCUGCGGCUCUGGAAAAGCCGAAGGAAAAGGAACGGCGAAUCAGCACGAUGUCAGAAGCUCAGAUUAUGGACAAGCUUCGCACCGUCGUGAGCCAGGACGACCCGAAGGUGAUUUACAGCAAGAUUAAAAAGAUCGGGCAAGGUGCCUCUGGACAUGUCUAUGUUGCAAAGACACUCGCCACGAGUAAGAAGGUCGCGAUCAAGGAGAUGGACCUAUCACGUCAGCCGCGUAUUGAGCUUAUCGUAAACGAAAUUCUUGUCAUGAAGGAGUCGCAACACCCGAACAUCGUCAACUUCCUAGAAAGCUACCUCGUGCGAAAUAAUGAACUUUGGGUCGUUAUGGAGUAUAUGGAAGGAGGUGCUCUCACGGAUAUCAUUGAGAAUAAUACGCUCGAGGAGGAACAGAUUUCGAGCAUCUGUUUGGAGACGUGCAAGGGUCUAAGACACUUGCACGAGCAGCACAUCAUUCAUCGAGAUAUCAAAUCGGACAACGUCCUUCUUGAUGCGCAAGGACGCGUAAAAAUAACCGACUUCGGCUUCUGCGCAAAACUGACUGAUCAGAAGUCUAAGCGUGCGACGAUGGUAGGGACACCGUACUGGAUGGCACCAGAGGUCGUCAAGCAGAAGGAGUAUGGUGCGAAGGUGGAUAUUUGGUCCCUUGGGAUCAUGGCGAUCGAGAUGAUUGAAAAUGAGCCGCCGUACCUUGACGAGGAGCCGCUUAAGGCUCUAUACCUUAUUGCUACGAACGGAACGCCGACGCUGAAGAAGCCCGAUGCGCUAAGUCGGGAGUUGAAGAGCUUCUUGAGCGUGUGUCUUUGUGUGGAUGUGAAGAGCCGUGCGUCGGCGAAUGAAUUACUUGAGCACGAGUUUAUGAAGAAAGCAUGCCCAGCUUCGGGACUGUCACCAUUACUACUCUUCAAGAGUAGGCCAGCAAACUAGAUCCUGCCUUGUACUUUCCCGCACUUUGCAGAAUCGCAUUUGUUUCAACUAAACUUCUUUAAACCAAUGCGUGUUCCGUCCUGUCAGCGUAGGCUUUCCGAUUCUCCAAAUUUUAGGGCCUGUCUAGUUUUCGUUUUGCUCGCCGGUCACACUCCGUCCUCUCGCGCACGCAAAUGGAUAUUUUCUUCCUCGCUCUACCCCACCCCCCCCCCGCUCGUAAUUCCUCUCCCAACGCCUCGACCCCGCUUUCGGUCGUCCACGCCAAUUAAUGAUCUCUUUGACUCUUUUCCCGUUCUAUCUUCUGUCCUGUUCCUUUCCUUUCCUUUCCUUUCCUUUUUUCCCCACGUCUUUCCAACGUCCAACCAACCGAACUUUAUUAGCUUCGCGUGUACAUACCUCCC